CCCUACAUUGAGUUGAUUUUGGCAUAAUAAUAGAAAAAAUCGCAGAAAACCCGCGACGGCUCAAUUGUCAGCAAGCGAGUCUGGCAGCAGUAACAGGCACGUUACUUCCAAAGAUAAAGAUUGAGACUUGCUGGCUGCUGCAUUGUAGAUCUAAAAGCAGAGGAAAACAGAGUUGUUUCCAAAUCGCAACCAUGGUUGCUAGUGAUGAUGGUGCAGUAGUCAAGUAUGGAAUCAUUGGAGUGGGAAUGAUGGGCAGAGAACACCUAAUCAAUCUCCACCAUCUUAGCAGCGAAGGUGUUGAUGUUGUUUGCAUCGCAGAUCCUCACAUUCAAUCUCAACAACAUGCCCUUGAAUUAGCCCACUCCUUCAACUGGCCUCUUAAAGUGUUUUCAGGGCAUCGUGAGGUACUGGAGAGUGGGUUGUGUGAUGUGCUUGUUGUUUCGACACCAAAUAUGACUCAUUAUCAGAUUCUAAUGGAUAUCAUCAACCAUCCAAAGCCUCAUCAUGUGUUGGUGGAGAAGCCCUUGUGCACCACAGUCUCUGACUGCAGAAAGGUGGUAGAUGCUGCAAAGAAGAGGUCCGAUAUGUUAGUACAGGUUGGACUGGAGUACAGAUACAUGCCGCCCGUUGCUAAACUGAUUGAAAUUGUUAAAGCUGGAACUCUUGGACAUGUCAAAAUGGUCGCGAUACGGGAGCAUAGGUUUCCAUUUCUGGUUAAGGUUAACAACUGGAACAGGUUCAGUGCUAAUACUGGGGGUACUCUAGUAGAGAAGUGCUGCCAUUUCUUUGAUCUAAUGAGGCUGUUCGCUGGUGCAAAUCCGGUCCGUGUGAUGGCUUCUGGAGCUCAUGAUGUCAAUCACAAGGAAGAAAUUUAUGAUGGAAAGGUACCGGACAUCAUCGACAAUGCAUAUGUUAUUGUGGAAUUUGAGAAUGGUUCUAGGGGGAUGCUUGAUCUUUGCAUGUUUGCUGAAGGGAGUAAAAAUGAGCAAGAAAUAUCUGUUGUUGGUGAUAUUGGGAAGGGGGAGGCCUUCGUUCCUGAGAGCAUAGCGCGAUUCGGGACUCGAGUUUCAGGUAGAGAUGGUGUCCAGACUCUGAAAGCUACCGAUAAACGAAUAAAAUAUGAUGGGCUGCAUCAUGGGUCUAGCUACUUGGAACACCUUAAUUUCUUGUCAGCGAUCCGAGCCGGAGGAGAAGAAGCUCCUGAAGUGGAACUUCAGGAUGGACUGAUUUCAGUUGCCAUGGGGGUUGCAGCACAGCUUUCUAUUGAGAAGGGCAGAUUUGUUACAAUUAAGGAAGUCAUAAAUCAAGAUUAUUGAUAAGUUUCUUGCAAGUCUUGGUCAUGGCUCGGUUGCUUUACUGCUUGUUAAUUAAGCUCUUCAAUAUUCUAUUUUACAAGACUCAAGUGUGUGUGUGUGUUUUUUUGCAAAAUAUUAACCUCAGCAUUUCAUUAUUAUA